GCAUGCGGGUUGUGUACACUCGAAACGGCCAUGCGUAAGUAGCCUAAAGUGAUAGUUUAAAAAUGUUUAUGAAAUAAAUCCUUGAGACGAGUCGAUGUAACCGGGGGAGGGGAACGAUCCUCUUCCACCGAGACGGACAUUUUGAACGUUGACGUCGACAAGUAGACAUUAUUCCGCCUCCACCGAGCAGCCAUCAUGGGGCUCAAGAGACAGAAACAAGCCAAGAAAACCUUGAGUUUCUACAAAUACAACUUCAGCUUCAGAGAACCCUUUCAGAUCCUCUUCGACGGGACUUUUUGUCAGGCGGCUUUGAAGAACAAGAUUCAGAUCAAAGAGCAGAUGCCCAAAUACCUGAUGGGAGAGGUGCAGCUGUGCACCACAAGCUGUGCACUGAAGGAACUGGAGAGUCUGGGGAAAGACCUGUAUGGAGCCAAAAUCAUCCUGCAGAGGUUUCAGACGAGGAGGUGUGAACAUUUCAAAGACCCCGUCCCAGCUUCAGAGUGUCUGCUGUCCAUGCUGGAGGACACGAACCCUCACAACUACUUUGUUGCUACACAGGACCACUCGCUAACGGCAGGCCUGAAGAAGAUCCCCGGCGUCCCCCUGAUGUACAUCAUCAUGAACACCAUCGUGCUGGACAAGCCCUACCAGGCGUCCCUGGACCACGUCCGGGCCGUCCAGCUGGGAGAGCUGGUCAGCCCGUCCCAGCAGCAGACCCUCCGCAGCCUGAAGGAGGAGCAGGGCAUCGCCCAGAACGACGGAGAGCAGCGGGGGAAGAAGAGGAAGAGGAAGCGGAGCAAUCCCAACCCUCUGAGCUGCAUGAAGAAGAAGAAAAAAGCCGGUCCGACACCGCCGAAGAGGAAGGCGGAGGAGGGGGAGGGGGAGAAGAAGAAAAGAGUUAGACACAAGAAACGAAGGACGGAGGGAGGAGACGCGUCUGCUCCUGCGGUUGCAUAGUGCAGCAGGAAGACGAGAGACUUCAGCAAAUUACAUAUUUUAAGAUUUCCACGGUCCAAAUCGUAAAUAAUUCCACUCUGGUCUGUUUUUCCUGAUUGAAUAAACCAAUUGUUUAACACGCAUACAAUACAAUUUUAAAAUACUG